GUGGAGAUGGCAGGUUUGGAAUAUCAGCGCAGCCGGCUGGUUCGGCAGCGAGGCUCGGGGGGACGGAGGCUGGGGUUUGGUUCGGGAGGGGAGCAGCAGGUGGUGAGUGCGCGAGGGAGGGCGGCAGGCGGGCGGGGAUUUUUGGCCGGAGCAGGGGAGAGCGAGCUGCAGCUGCAGAGGCGUCGAAUAGCGGAGAAGCAGCACAAGCUGAAGCAGCUGAUAGCGCAAGUGAGGAGGACACGUGGCUUGCACCGAUUGGCUCGCAGACGAGCCUCCUGGGAGGGUGGGGGCAAGGGGAGGGGGCUGCCUGUGGUGGCUGUGGUGGGUUACACCAAUGCGGGAGAGGGCACAAUGGCGGGGGAAAGGGAAGUGGGCUGCCUGUGGUGGCUGUGGUGGGGAAUACCAUCACAGUGAGUGUUUCUUGUUGUGCCGUGGGGUACGUGCUGAGAGUGUGA